AUGCCCCAGAAAUUGACGAGAAACGGAUACCGUGAUCCUCCCCGAACCCAUUUGCUAUGGUGGUGUGCUGCUAUCAUAUGUGCCCUCCUCACCAUCGCAAUAAUCAUAGCCGGCAUCGUCGUCUUCAUCGGCUACUUGGUAAUUCACCCAAGAGUUCCGAUCAUCAGCGUGGUCGAUGCUGGCCUCCCUCAUUUCAAUUACGACGGAGCAGGGGUACUAGUAACGCAAAUAAACAUCAAGGUAAGGUCUAAGAAUGACAACAGGAAAGCUCAUGCUAGCUUCUCAGAUUUCAAUCUUGAACUGCUCUUUCAAGGGAUUAGAAUAGCCAUAUUGUCUGCGGGUCCAUAUGAAGUGAAGAAGAAUGAUUCUGUUGAUUUCAAUUAUGAAUACACCUCGGAUCCUAUGCCAUUGAACCCUAAGCAAAUGGAUAACGUGGAUGCAUACCUGAGAGAGGAUGAAGCAAAGUUCGAGCUGAAAGGAGGUGUUAGAGCUAGAUGGAAAGUUGGGGUUCUUGGGUCAGUAAAGUUCUUGUGUCACUUGAAUUGUCAACUACGUUUUCAUCCAUCAAAUGGAAGCUACAUACCCAGACGUUGCACCUCCAGGGCUAAAUGA